UUCCCUGGCGUGCUUAUAUACCUGCCGCUGUCCCCGCCAGAAGAGAAGCGCCAGCACCGAAAGCGCCGCCUGGCACACACACACACACACACACACGCACACACACGCACACUCACGCACACUCACACACCAUGUCUGCGUUCGAAGACUACUGCAUCGUCUGCGAAAAAGUCUGCGAAGACGGCUCCGCCUACUGCUCAGACACGUGCAAGCUGCUCGACCAGGAGCACUCGAACUCGCCAACGCUGUCCGUGUGCUCGGGCCUGCCCUCGAUCUCGGGCUCGUUUUCGCUCGAACACUCCAAGUCCCACUCCGCCAGCGUGCCGAACACCGUCCCGGGCUCCGCAGGACCCGCCAGCACGGCCGUGUCCGCCUCCACAAUACCCACAAUCAUCUCCCCGUUGUUGACGCCACAGAUCAACCCCCGCUGCUCCGUCGUGGGCUCCAUCAAGUCGCCGCCGCUGCGGGACCUGACCUACGAGUCCCCGCUGUUGGCCUCCACCGCCUCCGCAGCCAUGCAGUCCUCGGGCACCUUCCUCAGCGACUUGGACGCCAACCGCUUGGACCUCAACUCGUCCGUCUCGACCAUCGCAGAGAGACUGCACCACAGCAGCAGCUCUGCCGCGUCCGACGCAGCCCCGUCGCCGGCCUCCGCCAAGGCGUCGAAAAACGACUCCUCCCUCUCAAACGUCACAGACAUAUCCAACAUGCUGCGCAGUCCCUCGGAAAACUACAAAAAAUGGCUCUCGAUACACUGACAAACAAAAAACUUGACUAAAAAACCUAGAAACGGCAAACCCUCAAAAAAAAACUAAAACUGAAACUAAAAUACAAGAUCAAGACUAUCUAUUUACU